AUGUCGAAACGAAGCUGGUCCGAGGCUGAGAAUGGUGAGAAUCAGUUUCCGCCGCAGAUCUCGAGAAAGGUCAAGGCUUGUACGGCGUGUCGAAGACAGAAGAUUAAAUGUCUGAUUGAUGAGAAUGGACCGCCUUGUCGACGAUGUGCUGAGAAGGGACUCGGUUGUGUCUUGGGGAAGAAUCUGCAGACAAUUCUUGAUGAGAAAUCGCAAUUAGUCCAAGACGUCGAACAAAUGCAUAAUUUCCUCAAACAAGUCGCCGGCAGACUCGACCUGGACUUACCACCACUCCGCUCAUCCUCCGGAUCUGCAGAAGGACCAAAAGAUGAAUCACCAAGCCUGUCAAACAAAGGCCAUCACGUUCCCUCACGCGACAACUCACCAAAGCUCAUGCCAGAAGACGAUGAUGUUCCAUAUGCGCCUAUCCACUCACUAUAUACACUCACUAAACUACGCGCUCUUCGGUCACCGGAUGAUAUGAAUUCGCAGCAGAAUCCAGGUAUGGAAGAUGUGAUAACGAAACGUCUCAUAUCAUUAGCCGACGCAGAACGACUUUUCAACUUUUACCGAAAACGUCUGGAUCCGUAUAUCUAUCUCAUUGGAUGUCCCUAUGAGACGAUGCAAGAGUGCCGACAAAAGAGCCAAUUCCUUCUCGUAGCAGUCCUCACAGUAGCAGCUCUCCAUGACUCAACCGCAGAUUACAUAUACCCCGUAAUAAGCUCCGAAUUCCGCAGACUCUUCGAGACAUCAAUAUUCGAAAGACGCCUAAGCCGCGAUUAUCUCCGUGCCCUAUGCAUCGGGUGCUACUGGCUAAGCGAUUUGUCAUGGAUGCUAUCAGGCCACGCAAUACGAAGAGCAGCUGAAUUCGACCUUCAUAACAGUUACGACAGAGCUAUCGAAAAAGCUAGUACCGAGGAUGCGCAGUGUGCGAGGAUUUGGUACAUACUCUGUGUUUGCGAUCAGCAGCUUGCGACGCAGUAUGGGAGACCGUCGAUAGUGCAAGAAGAUCCUUCGACGCAGGGCGCUACGGAUUUCUUGCAUUGUGCUGUUUCGCAUGAAGAGGAUAGACGGUUGUUGAGUCAAGUGACUGUUGUGAGCAUUUUGAGGAGUAUCCGUGAGUUGUUUACUGCGAAUAAGGGGAAGCCGAUACCAAGGCUGCAUUUGAACCAUAUUUCGCAUUUUCGGAUACAACUUGAUCAGUGGUUCGCUUUCUGGACGGAUCAAGUUCAAGAACGCUGGCCUGGCAUCGGUGGUUUUCCAAGAAAAGGCAUAAUCCUCCACUACAACUUCGCCCAGCUCUACCUUUACUCUCACGUCUUCCGCGGCCUCUCCAAAGAUGAACACAUCCCGCACUACUUCCUCGACUGUGCCCUCAACGGGAUAACAGCCGCCACAACGAUCAUCGACAAAUUCGUCAACGACCCCGACGUAGCCCUCGGCAUCGUGGGGAUGCCAUCAUACGUUCACUCCAUGACAGCAUUCGCCUCCAUGUUUCUAACAAAAGUCGCGACAAAAUAUCACGACCUCAUCGAACGUGAUAAAGUGUACGAACUGAUCAUGGGAUUGGUGCAGCAGUUUCGGUCACAGCCAGCUGGGAAGUGGCAUCUGGCGAAUCUCAUGACCGGUGGGCUUGAGAGGAUGGCGCAGACGCUCAAGUUGGAAAUUCCAGGGGAUAUGGGCCCGCCGUUGGGGGUUGAGAUGGAUCAGAAUGUUGAUGCAGGGAUAUCGGGAGUUUCAGGGGUUGAUGCUUUUUUCCCUGACUUGCCGGGCGAUUUCUUUUUUAACUACGAUAUGAGUUUCGAGAUGUCUGCGCCUUUGUAG